AGUCCCUGACCAGGGCGGCGUACCAUAUAGGCCCGUUCUAACAUUAUUCACAAGUCACCACCAACAUUCGAGAUCCUCCAUGCCAUUUCGGGGCGCUAUUCAUUCGUCUUCCUGGGAGAAAAGAUAGCGUGAGUUUAGCGUUGUAUAAGCGACCCAUUACAGAAAUGGCAGGCGAGCCGACUAGGAUCAUGAUCGCACUGAACGAAUCAACGAUUAAGGGCUAUCCACACCCUUCGAUCAGCAGCAAGGGAGCCUUCGAAUGGACUAUUAACAAGAUCGUCCGGUCCAACACAUCUUCAUUCAAGCUUCUCCUUCUCCAUGUCCAAGUCCCGGAUGAGGACGGUUUUGAUGACAUGGAUAGCAUCUUCGCGUCGCCACAGGAUUUCAAGAACAUGAGGCACCAGGAGAAAUUAAGGGGACUCCACCUGCUUGAAUACUUUGUGAAUCGUUGUCAUGAGCUAAAGAUAUCAUGUGAAGCAUGGAUCAAGAAAGGAGAUCCCAAGGAAGUCAUCUGCCAUGAGGUUCACCGUGUGCAUCCAGAUCUUCUUGUAGUUGGUAGCCGUGGUCUUGGGCCUUUCCAACGGGUGUUUGUUGGAACUGUUAGUGAGUUUUGUGUUAAGCAUGCUGAAUGUCCUGUUGUAACCAUCAAGCGCAGUGCCGCAGAGACCCCUCAGGACCCUGUUGAUGACUAAAUGUCACUGCAUGUUUUGAUGGAUUUAUGAACUUGAUGAGGUUUUGUUUGAUUGUACAUAAGGACAACAAUUAGUGGGCAUACGCCAUGUUGCGUGCAUUGUGGAUUGAUUGGGCUUGAAUCUAGAUGUUCACCUUCAUAAGCUUUCCCCUCAAAGGGUAUGUUCUUUUGAGAUAGAAAAGUUAAUUUCUGUGAAAAAUGGCGAGCUCUAAUUAACAACUUCAAAGAGCCAUAAGAGACGUAGAUAAUCUUCUUGAGGUCGUUGUUAAGUAGUUGAGAUUUAGGAAGAAAAAGUUCAAAUAAGCAUUCAAAAAUUUUAUGAACUUUUUUUAUUAUGAUUUGGCGCUUGAUAAGGUGGAGAA